AUGGAAUCCAUUUGGAAAACCAUUGCUGCGGAGUUGGCGGAACUGGGUCCAGCAAAAUCAGUUGAACAAUGGAAAACGGUAAGUUUGUUUUCUGUGAUAAAAAGAACUGGAAACAAUGAAAAUGUUCCGGUUCUAACAACUGGGGAAGAAAAGAUUUUAGGGAUCACUGGGAAGAUAACAUCUCGGGGUCUAGAUGUUCCAGAGACAAUAACAAGACCACUGUUAGAGACGUCACCAAUACAUCAAUUGCUCGCACAGCAGUACCUACCACAUCACUCAUCACCACCACCUACACAAUCAACAUCACGAACUCGGUCUUCCCGUAAAAGAUCAGCCAAAGAUCUGGGACAAAUCUAUGAGGCCUGCUCGGGUUCUAGUACUGCUGCUCUCACAGCUAUAGCAAAACAUCUGGAGAGCCGUAAUGCUAUAGAAGAAAAGCGGAACCUAAUAGAGUCAGAGCGUAACAUUAUAUUAAAAGAGAGAAAUAGACUUCUUGAGUCGUAA